AUGGCGGCGACCCCGGAGUCUCUGCCCGCCCGCCGCCAUGCCGCCCCGGUGGGCCCUGCUGCCCCUGCUGCCCCUGCGCCUGUGCCGGCCGCGGCCCUGCCGCCCUCCCGCCCGGGCCCUCGCAGCGGCCGCCGCGCAGCGGUCUGGCCCCAGUAAUUAUUAUGAACUGUUGGGUGUGGAUCCUGGUGCCAGUGCUGAAGAAGUUAAAAGAGCUUUCUUCACCAAGUCCAAGGAGUUACACCCAGACCGAGAUCCUGGGAACCCCACCCUGCAUAGCCGUUUUGUGGAACUAAAUGAGGCAUACCAUGUGCUCAGCCACGAGCAGAGCCGGCUGAGCUACGACCGGCAGCUUCGCUCAGCCGGCUCUUCAGCGUCUCCAGGAACCACAGCCCAUCCCAAACCUCCCCAACACACGCACAGCUCCUGGGCACCCCCCAAUGCACAAUACUGGGCCCAGUUUCACCACGCGAGGCCACAGGGGCCUGAGUCGAGGCGGCAACAGCACAAAAACAACCAGCUGGUGCUGGGGUACUGCCUCCUGCUCAUGCUGGCGGGCAUGGGCCUGCACUACAUCGCCUUCAGGAAGCUGGAGCAGGUGCACCGGAAUUUCAUGGAUGAAAAGGAUCGGAUCAUCACGGCCAUCUACAAUGACACCCGGGCCAGGGCCAGGGCCCGGGGAGCCCGGCUCCGCCAGGAUCGCCAGCAAAGGCCGCCGCUGCCCUCCGGGCCUCCUCCCGCCCCCGCCCCCGCCCCCGCCCCCGGGAUCGUGCCGCGGGGCACCCGCUCCUGAGGGGUUUGCUCCAGGGGUUCUGCCGUGUGCGCCCCCGUUGCUGCCCGCCAGGACCGCGCGCUCCCCACGGCGCGUGCAAUAAACUAGCUGAUUCCUCAGACUCGGG